AUGUUUAAACUUCCUGGGUUUGGUAAGGCUUCUAUUAGCCAUAGCCCACCAGACAUGAGCAAUGUUAAUAUCAGACCUGUCACUUUAUGUGUUACUAAUUGUCCAAACAACACAUAUGCACUAGCCAAUGUCGCUGCUGUCAACCCUGCUGAUUUACCAGAUAACAUAUAUAUUAUUGUGGACAACUUGUUUGUAUUCACAACAAGGCAUUCAAAUGAUGUCCCAGCUGGGACUAUUGGUUUUAAUGGUAACCAGCGUACUUGGGGUGGCUGGUCAUUAAAUCAGGAUGCGCAGGUCAAAUCCUUUGAUUUAUUUAAGUAUGCUGGUAAAGCCUCAUACUUGGGAACUAUAGAUAUGGAAAUUACGUUCAGAUCGAGAAACAAGGCAGUUGCCACACCUUUUGACCAAGAUGAAUUGGCUGCCCAAUUUGUCGCAAACUUUGAAUCUCAAAUUUUCAGUCCAACACAGUAUAUGAUCAUGGAAUUUAAAGGCCAUUAUUUUGACCUAAAGAUUAGAAACCUUCAAGCGAUUGAUUUGGGUGACAUAGAUUCAUCGGCUCCAGUAUCAUCAGGAAUUGAAGUGAAGGGUAUACUGACAAAGCAAACACAAAUUAAUUUCUUUAAAGGUAGAGAUGGAUUAGUAAACCUGAAAUCUCCAAAUUCUUUGAGACCUAGAUCAAAUGCUGUUAUUAGACCAGAUUUCAAGUUUGAAGACCUUGGUGUUGGUGGUCUUGAUAAAGAAUUCACGAAGAUCUUCAGAAGGGCUUUUGCAAGUAGAAUAUUCCCACCAGCUGUGAUUGAGAAAUUGGGUAUUUCCCACGUUAAAGGUCUGUUAUUAUAUGGUCCACCAGGUACUGGUAAGACAUUGAUUGCAAGAAAGAUCGGUAUGAUGUUAAAUGCCAAGGAACCAAAAAUUGUUAACGGUCCAGAAAUUCUAAGUAAAUACGUUGGUUCAUCUGAAGAGAAUAUCCGUAAUUUGUUUAAAGAUGCAGAGGCUGAAUAUAAAUCCAAGGGUGAAGAAUCCUCUUUACAUAUUAUUAUAUUCGAUGAAUUGGAUUCUGUCUUUAAACAAAGAGGGUCUAGAGGAGAUGGAACAGGUGUUGGUGAUAAUGUUGUCAAUCAAUUACUUGCCAAAAUGGAUGGUGUUGAUCAACUGAAUAACAUAUUGGUUAUCGGUAUGACAAACAGAAAAGAUUUGAUUGAUGGUGCGUUGCUACGUCCUGGUCGUUUCGAGGUUCAGGUUGAAAUACAUUUACCGGAUGAAGCAGGUAGAGUACAAAUUUUUGAAAUUCAAACCAAAAAGAUGAGGGAAAAUAAUAUGAUGAGUCCCGAUGUAAACCUUGCAGAGUUGGCAGCGUUAACCAAGAAUUUCUCUGGUGCUGAGAUUGAAGGUUUAGUGAAAAGUGCAAGUUCUUUUGCUAUAAAUAAAUCUGUCAAUAUAGGGCAAGGCGCUACCAAGAUUGAUCCAAAAAAUAUUGCACAAUUGAAAGUGACCAGAGCGGACUUCUUGAAUGCCUUGAGUGAAGUUACUCCAGCUUUUGGUAUCAGUGAAGAGGAUCUAAAGUCGUGUGUUGAGGGAGGAAUGUUUGUCUAUUCGGAGAGAGUGAAUGCUCUUUUGAAGCAUGGAGCGCGUUAUGUGCGUCAAGUUCGUGAGAGUGAGAAAUCAAGACUGGUUUCGUUACUAAUUCAUGGACCGCCAGGUUCGGGUAAGACAGCUCUUUCCGCAGCCAUUGCUUUGAAGUCUGAGUUUCCAUUUAUCAGAAUGAUAUCGCCAAAUGAACUAGCAGGUAUGUCUGAGGCAGCUAAGAUUUCAUAUAUCGACAAUACAUUCAGAGAUGCAUACAAAUCACCAAUGAAUAUCUUGGUCAUCGACUCCAUUGAGUCAUUGGUUGACUGGGUUCCUAUCGGACCAAGGUUCUCUAAUAACAUUCUCCAAGUAUUAAAAGUUGCAUUGAAGAGAAAACCUCCUCAAGAUCGUCGUCUACUAAUACUAACUACCACUUCUGCUUAUUCUGUUCUUCAACAAAUGGAUAUAUUGAGUUGUUUUGAUAAUGAAAUUGCAGUUCCUAACUUGUCCACAUUAGACGAGUUCAACAACGUAAUGAAAGAGGCGCAAUUCCUGGACGACUCAGGGAGAAUGCAAGUCAUUUCCCAGAUGCAAAAUGCAGGCACAAAGAUCAACGUCGGUGUCAAGAAAGUGUUAACUAAUAUCGAAACCGCUAGACACGAUGACGAUCCUGUUAACGAAUUAGUAGAACUAAUGACCCAAUCUAUAUAA